AUGUACACCGACGUUGUGUUUGCCAAAGAUAUAUCGGCUACAGCAAUUACUGGUAAAGAUGCUUGGAACAGACCAACUCCACAGCCAAUCACAAUUUCAGUCGAGUUACGUACUGAUUUCCACCAGGCUUCAAUUACCGAUAAUUUGAAAUAUUCAUUGAAUUAUGCAGUGAUAACCAGAAACAUCACUGAAUUUAUGAAGGCUAACGAACAUCGUAAUUUCAAAUCUUUGGGGAGCAUCGCUGAAGCAGUUGGCGAAAUUUCAUUGGAUGAAAGGAAAGGCGGUGGCCAUUCAGUUGAGGUGUUUGUUAAGAGUAAUAAAUCUGAAAUUAGGGCAGAUAGUGUUGAAUACAGCUUGCAAAGGAAUACUUUGGGAUGCCCAAAUAAGUUAGAUAUCUUUAAAGUUAAUAAAUUGAGAUUAUUGACAAUUAUUGGUGUUUUCACGUUUGAAAGGUUGCAAAAGCAAAUCGUUGAUAUUGAUUUAGAGUUCCAAAUUAAUGAUAACUCCAAUUUAUUCUUUCAUAAAAUCAUAAAUGAUAUUGUUACCUAUGUUGAAGCAUCUAAUUUCAAAACCGUGGAAGCAUUAGUGUCCAAAAUUGGCCAAUUGACAUUUCAAAAGUAUGAUAAGGGUAUUGAAUCUAUUAAAGCAACGGUUACAAAGCCGAAUGCAUUUAGUCAUAUCGAAGGAGUUGGUGUUUCUUCAUACAUGACGGCUACCAGUUUCAAGGAUGCAAAGCCAUUGACGUUUACCGACCAUAGCACCAAUUCAUCGUUUAACAUGCCAGUGGAAGAUUUAUCUCCAACGAAUUAUGAAGGUCCUCACACAGCAUUUAUAGCAUUUGGAUCAAAUACAGGUAAUCAGGUGGAGAAUAUCCAACGAGCACUUGACCUAUUAGAAUCAUACGACAUCAAGAUCGAAUCAACAUCUUCUUUAUAUAUUUCCAAACCAAUGUACUACCUUGAUCAAGCAGAUUUCUAUAAUGGAGUGAUCAAAGUCACUUUUCAAGAUAUCUCACCUAAGGAAUUACUUUUCAAAUUAAAAGAAAUCGAAUACCAUCAUAUUAAAAGAGUGAAAGAUUUCGACAAUGGACCUAGAUCAAUUGAUUUGGAUAUUAUUUUAUACGAUGACAUUGAAAUGAAUGAACCAGAUUUGGUUAUUCCCCAUAAAGCAUUAUUAGAACGUACUUUUGUUUUGCAACCAUUAUGUGAAUUAUUACCACCUGAUCAAAAUCAUCCAAUCAGUGCUGAACCAUUCCAUAAUCAUUUACAACAACUUCUUGCCAAUUCCCCUGAUUCAAAUUUACAAGAAUCGUCACAAUUAUUGCAAAUAAUCCCAGUGCCUAGAAUUAAAGAUUCUGAAAAUUUACUUAAAUUUGAUCAAGUCACUAAUAAACACCAAACAUUAAUCAUGGGUAUUUUAAACAUGACCCCUGAUUCAUUCAGCGAUGCUGGGAAAUAUUUUAAUCAAUCAGUAGAUGCAACUUUAACCAAUGCCGAACAACUUGCUGAAGAAGGUGCACAUAUUAUCGAUAUUGGUGGUGUGUCAACUCGUCCAGGUAGUGUAGAACCCACAGAAGAAGAAGAAAUUCGUCGAGUUUUACACAUCACAAAAGCAAUUCGUGCCAGUUCUAAUCCCAAACUUGCAAAUAUCUUAAUAUCUAUUGAUACAUAUAGAUCCAACGUAGCUGAAAAAUGUCUUGAAGCAGGAGCUGAUAUCAUCAAUGAUAUCUCAAUGGGGAAAUUUGAUGAAAGGAUUUUUGAAGUGGUCGCAAAAUAUGGAUGUCCUUAUAUCAUGAACCACACUCGUGGAACACCUCAAACCAUGUCAAAAUUGACUAAAUAUGAAUCCAAUACAAAUGACGAUAUUAUCGAAUUUGUGAUUGAUCCAAUUGCAGGACAUCAGGAAUUGAGCUUGAAGCCAGAAGUUAGAAAUUUGUUGAAUGGAGUUUCUCGUGAGUUAUCCAUGCAAAUGUUUAAAGCUUUUGCAAAGGGUGUUAGAAAAUGGCAGAUUAUUGUUGACCCUGGUGUUGGGUUUGCUAAAGAUGUCAAACAAAAUUUGGCAUUGAUUCGCCAUGCGUCAUUCUUUAAGAAAUAUUCCGUUCAGAUAAAUGAAAGAAUCAGUGAUACUUUUGUCAAGCAUAAAUAUUUGAGUUUUAAUGGAAUGUCGGUAUUAGUGGGCACUUCAAGAAAGAGAUUCUUGGGGACUAUCACUGGGAAAGAAAUACCCAAUGAAAGAGUUUUUAGUACAGGUGCAACUGUAUCAACAUGCAUUGAACAAAACACUGAUAUUGUUAGAGUCCAUGAUGUGAAAGAAAUGAAGGAUGUGGUUGUAACCAGUGAUGCCCUUUAUCGAGAUAUUAUUAACUCCUAG